AUGUAUAGUCUUGAUUAUGAUAUUAAAGAUGCACAUAGCUUUAAUUUUGAUGAAAGCAACCCAGAAUUUAGAUUGCAAUCAGAUGAUGUUUGUAUUUUAACUAAUAGUACCUUAUAUACAUAUGGUAAAGAAGAUUAUGAAUCAAAACUUCCAUUUUUCUACCAAAGAUCAUGGGUUACUCAUAAGGGUAUUCUUAUAUUAGGAUCAAAUGACAAAAAUGGGAAUGUUAAUAGCUAUACAUUAAUGACUCAUCCUCUUGAAAUUCCCAAACCACUUCUACUUAAAGAGUUAUACAAUAAAACACCCUCAAUAACUUCGUCAAACUUAAUUGAAGCUGACCCUGCCCAAUAUUCGAUCAUGAACACCCUAACAUUGCCUGCAACUCUAAGCGCGACCGCUGAUAACUAUGUGACUCUCCUAUUGGCACGAGUUAGCCAAAAUCAAAACAAGUCUGGCUGCAAAUACGUUAUAUUACGGUUGACGGAAGAUGAUGGUGAAAUCGAAUACGCAAAGUUAUUGGAUAAUGGUUUUACGGCCUUUACUGGUCAUUUACGAGGGGAAACCUUGCCAAACGUGCAUGUCAAUAAUGAUAACCUUAGGGGUAGCGAUACGAAUACACCAAAAAUUUAUAAACCAUCCAACCUGCCCCGGUCUAUAAGUUCUUCCUUCACCAUCGAUAAACGCUGCAAGAGUAACCUGAAUAUCUCCAUACAAAAUAGUCACCAUGAUCUUAAACGCGCUAAAGUUGAUGGCGUAUUAUCGCAUCAUUUGGAAACACACUUCAAAGAGCCAUACUCUUCUAUGCAAUCAUCCCUAGCAUCUUCGGUAUUUAAUGCUUCGCACAGAGGGGAAGGUCCGCAGUUUGUCCAACAAUUUGAGACUGUUCUAAAGGAUGAUGAAGCAAAUUUUUUGGAAUCUAUGAUUGAUUCAACUGACGAAGCAAUCGAUCAAAAUGGUUACAAGAAUAAAGAUGAUAUGGAUGGAUCUAAGAAAAAUUAUGAUCUCUUCAAAGAAUUGUCUCGGCCUACCAUGUGUAUGAAGCCUAUUUGGGAAUCAGAAAUUUUAGAUAAUGUUGCGAAUUCUCAAGAAUGUCUUAGUCCUUUUUUCCUCACUGGACCAAAUUACGAAUCCAGAAAAUACCUGUGUUUUUUACAGCCUUCAAAUCAUCUUACACUUAUCGAUGUCAACAAACAACUCGAAGAUUUGAUGUACAAAGAUAAACCAUCUAAUAUUACUGUACCAUCAGCGGAAUAUCUUUUCGAUAUAGAUCGCCUAGGUGGCAUUAGCCGUCAAAAUGAUCUGUGUUCGCCUAUUCCGGCUCAUACGGCUAUUUCCCUAACAGAGCUCGGUCUAAUAGCUGUCGCGCAAGCAGAACCCGACCAAGUAAAUGGUGGGGAAAUUUUCAAUUUGGUCUUCUAUUCAGGAAAUGACAAGUUGCAUACCUUGGCCAUACCCAAUUCGUUACGAACAGACGAUAGCAAGCCUAAUGAUUACGAUAAUAAUAAAAACAACUGUUUGCAAAUUUUUCGAGCGGAGAAAAAAGAAUCCGCUUCCACGCCUUUCACUAACCCGAAGCGUACUCACGUUGAGGCACAUGACAGGAGAAAAAUCUCUAUGUCUCCUAUUAUGGCUAAUAGAAAUCUCGAUAUCACCUUCAACGAUUUGUCUCGUGAGGUGCCUUCGUCCCUGCUUCUCUCCUUGCUAAAUAAUGAGCCAUUGAUGGAUGAUUUUACCAAAGAUGAUAAUCAGUUUUCUGGAUUAUCAAAUUUACUGGAUCUACCAAACGUUAUAUCUCAGAUGGAACAUACUCGAGAUACAACGCAAGAAACAUCUAUCGAUUCUAGAAUUAGUAAGGAAUUCCUCGAGAAAGCGCUUAAACGCGUAACCAACCCUAUGGAAAGCAAGAGAGAUAGCGUAACGGGAAAUACCAGACAUAAGGAUUCGAUCCAUAUUGUAGAAUCGGCAAACAACUCCUCUAACAGCGAAAAGACCUAUCUACCCCACCUUAAACUAUUACUUUAUACCCCAUCGUCCGAUUUGAUCAUGUCAUUCUCGAAAAGUCCUACUAUAUAUGAUACUAGCAGCAAAUUUUACAGGCUUCAUAUACCGCCCAUUUACGAUGUUUCCUCAUGUAAGUAUUUAUGGGACAAAUUGAGCGAUCGAAAUAAUGACCAACGUUGCCAGGAUAUCAAAUUUUAUGCCCACGUCAAAAAAGAAUGGUACAAAAAGAGAAUGGAAUCAUUUUUUCACUCUGCACAUUUUACGACGGACGAAAAAAUAUCAAGUUCGAAAUCUCAAAACUACAAGCUGGUCGCUUCACAGUUUGGUUCCUUAAUUGAGCACGGCUUAGAAUGCUUAGGCGUGGACGGAUUUGAUUUUGAAAAACUUUACACACUCCUAACCACGAAGAAAUUUGGGAAGGAGUCAAGCUCGCCAGACCUUAUUAAUCUCAGCGACGAAAUAAUAACAUCUGUUAAACGGUUUAGACCCGGUUUUCCAUCUACUGAAUCCUGUUUUAAUAUUUGUUUCAACCCUGGUUUACCACUAUUCGCUAAUUUCUACUUUUCCGAUAAAUCUCCAAAUUCUCCUAAAUUAAAUAACGAAAUCGUCACCAAAUUACGGAGAAAUGCCUGGUUGUUGCUCGAAAUAUACAAGGAAAUAUAUCAAGAAUUCAAGCUUAACAUAUUUUACGUCUCCUCGCUCGCUACUCCCAUGAAGUAUGUUUGCGCAAUAUUGAGAGCUAUGUUACAAAAAUCUUCGGACAUCGAUCGCCCUUUAAUAGAAUGUUUUCAUAUUCAAACUCCUUUUCCGAAUGCUAAAAAUGAUGAUAUUCCAUCUAAACCAUCGAAUCAUCACUUCCUUUUAUUGCAAAAACUGAUGAAAGAUCUAGAUUUAGGUAAAGAUCCCACAACUUCUCUCAGCCAGACCACUCAUAUAACCGAGGCUUUUUUAGCAUAUAUGAUAAGACACAAUUCUCGGAGUGAUAAGAAGCAAGGCAAAGAUACCAUUCUAUCGAAUGCUACUACUAGCACUCUUCAGCCCAAUAUCAACAUACCGUUUCCUUCAGACACGCGUUUAGAAGUGGCCGAUUACCUAAUGGAUCACUCUAAACUCAUCCCGAUAUGGAUCAGCAAAAAGGAAGAGGCCCGAUUGAUCGAAGAGAAUCGCUUACCUUUCGAAAUGAAAAAAAGACUUCUCAGACAAUGGUCAAGGGUCUUGGCUCUGCCUUUCGCUAAGGGUCCUUUAACCCUUCAUACUCGCCGUGGUCCUCAUUUAGCAUCCCUCCUUAAUUUUUCUCACCUUGAAUUGUUCGGCUCAUGUCAUUACCUCGAACAAAAUUCUUCAAAAUCUGACAAGAGAGACGCAAAAAAUGCGGGAAAUAAGCUAGUGAAGUUAGACUCUAUCGGAGUUGUCGAUAUUUUAUCUCGAACCCAAGGUGACGCAACUUUUAACUUGUGCGAGGCUGAGAACGUCACCUAUUACCAAGGCAAAAAGGGGGGAUUAGUGACGGAUAUCUAUUGGCCUUAUUUUCAUAAUGGUGUAGCUACCGCUCUCAAGUUUUUACCGAUAGCGUCUACGGCUGAAAAAAAUACCGACGAUUUCUUUUCUGAACUAGUCAAUUUCUGGAUUUUAUAUAACAAGCCACCCCUCCACAUAUUGCAUGGUUCUAAUUCUAUCUCCGAUAACUCCUCUAAAACUGAUUCCGAAUAUGAAAGAAACUCUCAUGCAGAAUUGAACGAGUACUUUGAACGUAUGAUUGUCGGCAGAUCACAAGAGUCUAACGAGGCUGAAGUUGUAGAGAAUGAUAUUGAGCCUGAAGAUGACGAAGAUAUCGGAGAUGAAAGUAGCGAAGAAAAUGAAACAAUGGAUUCCCGCGAUUCUAAUAUUGGGAGACGUAGGAGUAAACGAAAAAAACGUGAAGAGGAGGAACGCAAGAGAUGGGAAAAGCGAAAAAUAUUGAGCGUGACUCAUGCUGGAGUUUUGUUGGGACUUGGUCUUUUAGGUCACAUGUCAUAUUUAUCGCCGUUCGCCAUGAAGGAUUACUUGCAAUCAGAGGAACCAGCAUCAGCUGAUACGACAAAACCCAGACAACAAUCUAAUGAUAACAAUUCGGCCGGACCUAAUAACGCUUUUCGAGACAAUGAUGGCACUCAGCCUACAGAAUCCCGAAAAACUAAGAUGGCCCUCUUAUUGGGGGUUGCAGCAACGCUUUACAGAGAAAACCGAAAUCAUCACUCUGCUAGUGAUGAUUCCACUGCUAUCCUUCUUCCCAACAACAGCAAACGUCUAGACAAAUCUUGUGUUCAAAGAAUUCUGGCCCUUCACAGUCAAGCUUUUCUCAUAUCCCACAUACAAAUGGAUUCCCAAGAAAAUGAUACGUCAGAUGGAGAUGGACAAUCUUCAAAUCGAAAUAAUUUUACCGAUUUCUCUUUACCCGAUGAAAUGGUUCAUUGUAUAGAAGUCCAAACUGCGGCCCUUUACGGUCAAGGCAUGGUUAGGGCAUUCAGCUGUGACACCCACGUUUCCUUGAUACUUGCCAAGGAGAUAGGUGGUUAUUCUAUCGAUAAUAGUUGCAAAAAUCAUUCCUCAAAACCUUCGUAUUCUAUAGCGGCCGCUCUAGCCUUGGGCAUCAUAAAUUUCAAUAGAGCGCGUAUUGAAGGAGACACGCCAUCUACAACUUUAUCAAAAUUGCAAUCUAUCCUUUUGAACUACGUUCUGUGCGGGUGCUAUCGCCCCUUAGAUAAGAUCAACUAUAAGAUGAGUCGUUCCGAUAUCAAUUUAACUUUCCCAUCAGCUGCACUGGCCUUAGCUCUUAUAUAUUUCAGAUCUAACAAUAUCUCGAUUGUAAAAUACCUUUGCAUCCCUGUCACUAUCAAAGAAUGCCUGAAGAUUAGACCCGAUUUUUACAUGAUAAAGAUGAUAACAUGCUGGUUAAUCUAUUUCGAUCAAAUACAAGCUGAUGAAGAAUGGUGGAACAUCUUUAAUCCCUCACAGUUGGAUCUCAAAUUGUCUAACAAACUCCGCGAUUUGUUCAUCCAUGAAAUUGACGAAGAAAUGCUCCUCAAUUUGUUAUCACGCGCAGAUCCUGAAUUUACUUUUCAGGACGCUCAGCAAUUAUUACACACCAAAAAUUUUGUUCGAGCCGGAAAAUCUUUUGCUUUGGCACUCAAAUACGCUGGUACUCACGAUCUUAAUGCUACAGAAAUUUUGUAUAAAGAAGUCGAAAGAUUGUCGAAGAAUGUUCAAAACUACAGGAGCUUGAGAAAUUUGAAUCAGCAAAUGCUUAAUGUGAGCGAGGAUAAAAUUGCCUACGUUGCUUUGGAAACAUGUCUAAACACAUCGUUAAUAUCCUUAGCUAUGGUUCAAUCUGGUUCCGGAGAUUUGAAAACCUUCAAUUACCUUAGAUCCUGCUUUGAUUACUGCGAUUACAAAAUUAUGCUUCUCGAAACAGCUGAAAGUGGCACCUUCACUAACGAAGAAAAAGACCUCUACUAUCUCAAUAUUCCCAGCUUUGGACAUCAAUAUUGUGUUUCUACCUGCAUUUCUUUACUCUUCAUGGGCCACUGUAAAUACACCUUGAGCAACGAUAAGCCUACUUCUGCUGCCUGUAAUGGCAGUAGCCAAGGGGAGGAAACCAGGAAAUAUUCGGAGAUUUGCCUUUUAAUUGCUUCUUUUUAUCCUUUCAAAUGGCCGGCAUAUGUUUCUGACAAUAGAUUUCAUUUGCAAGCCUUGAGACAUUUUUACGUUUUGUGUGUCAAGCCAAAUAAAUCAACCGUACUUGAAAGAAAUUUAAGCCAAUCUGAGUCUCCUAUAACGGUAUCGAAUGAGAAAAAUCUUCCAAACCUUACCAUCUCUUCCUCUCUUUGCUGUAAAGAUAAAUACACAUUCUUCAACGACAAAUCUGAAUUCAAUUUCGAUCUACUAAUAGAUAUGUCGCGUUACCAAAUAUCGAAAUUGAAAAAUAUGAACUCGAUGCAAGCUAACGAUAUUAUAGAUACGAAUAGAGAAACAUUACAAAUGUUCUACAGGAAAUAUCCUUGAGGGAGAGAAGAGCCUGAGAUAGGCUCACGGUUACUACGACAUCAAAGGAAUCUGAGGAAAAUGAUAUAAAUGAUUCAAA